AUGCUCUUCUUCGUGCUCUUAGCUCUUUCCGGAGCCGGAGCAGUGCACUUUGUUCCGGAGUCUGUCUUUGAACUGCAUGCCGGACUCGCUGGCCAGGAAUAUUUGUUCGACAAAGUCCAACAAUUGGUUAGGCAAUUCGCAACCCUCUUUUCAAGUGUUUUAGUGCCGAUACGAGUGAAAAGUUCCCUCCUUGAAGUCAUUUUCAAAAUUGAAUUCGAAGGGAUGUAUUUUUACCUUGGCAGUUACUUUUUACAGUUUUGUUUUCUUUCGUCGUUAAAAUGUAUCUUAAUAAAAGAAAAAAACGAGAGAACAGAGAAGUCUCAUCAGAUUUUAUGACAAUUCUAUUAGAAGACACACCUUCUAGACACUCCCGAGCUCGAUAUAAAACUAAAAGAGUUUUUAAAACUAAAACUUAUAAAAAGCACUCUUUUUUUCAAACUCAAAUGAACUUUGAGUCCUCUUAAUAUUUUCCUUCCAGAAAAAGUACCAACUGCCGUCUGUGCUCGAAGAGUUUCUCCGAAGCAAUUUCUCCAGCGCUCAAGAGACUCUCUCUAUCGUUUGUUACGAGGAGCUUCGUUAUCUUGGCUACGGACUUGCCGGCUUGAAAAGUGCUUACGAAGCAGGGGGUCACGACUUUUCGUUCACUGCCGAUCAGAAAUGGAAACUUCUUGUCCCCAGUGAGAAAAUCACAGAGAGCCACCCAGACCCAGAAAGAUUUGAGUCAUGGAUUCUUCGGCGAAGAUCGGACCCGGAAUCGCGCGAGGACAUCUUCAGCACAGCGGCCAUUUCGCUCAGUGCAAACGAGUCAAACACUUCUCCAAAGAGCUGGGGAGGAACAUCGAGGGCGACUACUACAGGUCCGUUCCACUAGAGACUUAUCAACGUGAAAUUCUUUCAGGGUACAGCUUGACCUUCGUCUGCGGCCUUUUGGCCUGAACGAGUCGUGCGGAAUACCGCAGAUAGGAAUGGACCUCUGUCUACCAGUUUCUUGCCGGAGAGACAACCUGACUCAGUUUUUCAGAAAUGGUAGCACCUUUUGAAUAAAUGAGGAAACUAGUUGCAAAACAGCCUUCCAAACUCCGAACUCUUCGCCGGUCUGCAACGUGAAGCACGUCAACGAAGACGUUCCGCCGGUCGUGCCCAUGACUAUGAUUGUCGCGUAAGUUUUUCUGCCCACGAAAUUUUAACAAACAUAUUAGUUACACCUUCUUGCUCAUCUUUGUCUUUUGUGUGACAGCGGGAGUCAUCGACUACUACCAGCCCCAGAAUCUGUCAGCGCAGAAAAAGACUUGUAAGUCUUCAAGUUUGAGCCAUAUUUGUCUCGUCUUUUAGCUAUCAGCUGGGAAAUGUUCAUGGCUUUUUCGUUCCUUCAAAGCGCAAAGCAAAUCUUCAAGACAGAAGGAACGCAGAAGGUCUUUUUGCAGCUUCAUCUCGAGCUCACGAUCAGAUGAAAAGAUUUUCAAAAACCCAAGAAAAAGGCGAAAAUGAAGUAUUUGCGGAGCCUGCUGGCCUAAACAUAGUCGAAGAAUAUUUGAAAGUUUUAAUUUUAGAAACAAUAAAGUGAACUGCAAAAACUUCAGAGUUACUUCAAUUUCAGGAAGGUCAAAUCAACAGCCUUCACUGCAUCCGGGUAAUUUCAACGAUUUGGGUGAUUGUUAGGUCAUGUCGCUGCCAUAACAAUCAUUGUUUGUGGUAACGGAAAUAUGAAAGUAGCAGAAAAUAAAUAUUCACAGCGAAUCCACUGGAUUUGCUAGACUACCUGCGCGAAUAUUCGUCGUUGGUUCUGAGCAACGCCUAUUUCGCGGUCGACACUUUCUUUUUCCUUUCUGGAUUGCUUCUGUCGUUUCAAUGGUUUAAGGUUAACCAUUUUCAUUCAUUUUUUUAUUCGAAAAUUGCUGAUUAAGGCAUUGAAAAAAAAUAGGAAAGCGGUAAUGUCGCCCGGUGGAUGGGUCAUGCUCUACUUGCAUCGCGUUUUAAGGUUCAACAAGCGGACUAACUUCUCAGAAAACCUUUCAAAGACUGUCGCCACCGUACUACGCCACGAUCUUGUUCUACUCCUUCGUAUUCACUUCGAUGUUGCACGAUAUGCCCAAGUUUUUGACUCCGAAUAUCCACAUCGACCAGUGCCGGAGUAACUUCUAUCUCAACCUCCUCUACGUCAACAACUUGAUCGACCCGGCCAACAUUGUCCGUUAAACAGAGGAUAGCCGAUAAUUUAAGCGAUGUUCAGUGUUACGUCGUUUCUUGGUACCUCGCCACGGAUCUGCAGAUCUUCCUCCUUACUCCACUGCUGUUAGCGCCGUUUGCCUUGUUCGGAGGGCUCGCCGGAUUCUUUGUCGCUUUUCUUUGUUUAGUUCUUUCUACAGGUACGGCUUAAAAAACACAUUUAAUUCAUAUUCCAAAAAAGCAGUUAGAUACUGAGCUUUCAGUGGGUAACUUCCUAACGGUUAUGAAGUUUCACUUUCCACCAAGCGAGUUUCAAUUUGGCCCGAAAGACCCUGAAGCCAGCACGAAGUUGCGAGCAAACCGCACAAAAAUCGAUGAGAUAUUUAAGGAAUUACACGCUCUGGAACUAUUACCAACCACUGAUCCGCUGUCAAGUUUACAUAAUGGGCGUGGUGGUCGGCUACGUGCUGCAGAAAGUCCCGCGUUGGAGAAUAAAUCCAGUUGGAAAGAAUAUAUGGUCUUUUACAUUGGAUUGUAGGUGCUGAACGCAGUUCUUUGGGUGUUCUCUUUGGCGUCGAUGGUCGCCGUCGUCUGUUGGCUUCACAGCUACACAGAAGGAGUGUUCUGGUCCCCGGUAAUGCGCGCCACUUACAGGUUUCUAUCCUGCUCGUAGAUCGGACAAAACUGUCAUCGACUUCUUGUGAAUAAAAAUUCGUGAAAAGAGAAAUGAGAUCUUUCCAAGUUCGAAUUUUCGGAAUAUGUGAUUUCGAGAUUGUCAUCAAAUUAUGGUUUUCAGCUCGUUCAGUCGGAUUGUCUGGGGAGCCGGUUUGGCUUGGAUUUGUACCUCAACGUUCUACACAAAAGGUAGGAUACAGCAUAACUAUCAUUCUUCUUCGUUUUCAUCAUCAUUUGACCAAGGUGUGAUCGGAGACUUUAUGUCUCUUCCUUUCUGGGCGCCGAUCGGAAGACUGUGCUACACGGCCUAUCUGGUGCACAUAAUGGUGGUCAUCUACUACUUCGGCGCCAAUUUCGCCGACACCUACUUCAUUUCUCUUCCGCACAUGGUUUUUUGUGGAUAG